AUGUCAAAUCAGCAGCAGUCGCUGCAACAACAACAACAGCAAGCUGUACGCAGCAAUGGCCUAGUGGUGGCCAGUCCCAAUGUCAAGGGUUUGGAAAUAAAAGAUUUUCACGAAUCCUGGCUGGAAGAGAUGGAAGUCUACAAAGAUAUGAUGCAUGUUCCGAAACAGAAGCAUGUGCCACAUCAAUUGUUGGGUUCCCACAAUCAUGCCCAUACACCACAAGGCUGCCAAAUCGAUGUUGUGGUCAAUACUCAUCAGCAUCACAAUCCUCAGCAGCAGCACCACCACCAGCAUCAGCAUCAACACAAUUCAAGUGCCAAUAAAAUGUCGUCACAUUUGAUGGCAACAACAAACCCUAAAGCGGCCAAUAAUAACAACAACAAGUCAAUAUCAUCUGAGACAAAUACAACAGCAGCAACAACAACAACGAUUGUUACUAAUGGAAAUGUCAAACGUCGAAAUGUAAAUGACAACAGCAAAACCAACAACACACGAGUGAAAGUAACGCCAACAUUGGCUGCUGCAACAGCAGCUGCAUCUGCUGACACGGCAAAACAUGGCAAAUCUCAGGCAGCCAGUGGUGGUCAUCAGAGACCACGUGAAGAAACGCCCACCAAAAAGUCGGGAACGGGUUCUGGUGCCAAAAGCAAUUCCCCAAAUGCAACUAACCCAACUAGUCAUCAUACAGCCAAGCGUUCCUCGGGUCAUAGUAGCACCAAUGAAACAACAAAUAUUGCAGGAGUUAAACAAAAUCACAAUAACACGGCUCCGUUAAGUCCUGGAAAAGUAAAAAAUCCUACAAGGGCAACGACUACUAAAAGCCCAACAGCAGUUGCUGCAGAUACUGCUGUUAGUAAUAAAAAUGCCAUAAAUUCUACCUCCGCUUAUGCUGCUGCACCACCCACCGCCAUGCCUUCUGCUCCAUCCCCUUUCCAAUUAGCAUAUUCACCGUUACCCCUCUCAAGUCCCAAGCAUAAUGCCAAGAUAAUUGUUAAUCAAUUUCAUGCCAGUAGUCUCCUCAACGGCCAUCAAUUGGAGGAAAAAGAAAAAAUACUAACACUGAAUGGCCUGAAUCAGCAUCACCACCAUGCCGCCAAAGCCGCCACCUCUGCCUCAGCAUAUGAGGCAAGCUUUUAUGCAGCAAAUUAUUUGAAUUCUGAUAAGGCACACACUAACAAUAUGCCGGCAAAUGGUAUGCCUACCAAUCGCCCCCGAGGUGAUGGGCCUAACAAUGGUACUAAUUAUCUGGGUGUUUCUUUAGCUAAUCAAGGAAUUGUCAAUGGUACUACUACCAAUCAUGAUGGCAGUGAAUUUGCCGAUGAUGAUGAUCCAAGUGCAGCCAUUGAUGAUGUCAAUCCCGAUACGGAUAGUGAUUUUGAAGAGGACUAUGUUGGAGAGCCAUUCCAUUUGGAGGAAGAUGGUGAUGAGACGCUGCAAAGUAAAACAAAACCCUAUGUCUAUUACACACCCACAACAAUAUUGUCGCCCAGUCUUUUCCCCAAUGUGGCACCCUAUCUCAACUAUUCAUCGCAUGCCGAACGAGGACCCCCAAUGCCAGCCCAAUUGCAUAAAAUCCUUAAAUGGAAACUGAGUAUAGCAAUGCCAAAAAUUGUCAAGCGGGUUGUUCUUAAUUCAGGAUUUCGCAUCAUUAAAAAUACCACCGAUUGGAUGGCGGUUUGGGAAAAACACAUGAAAAGUCCUGGCUUCCGAACAAUACGUUCUCACCAGAAAUACAAUCACAUGCCAGGUUCAUUUCGUAUUGGUCGCAAGGAUAGCAUGUGGCGCAGUAUUAAUGAUAAAAUGAAGAAAUUCGGUAAAAAGGAAUUUGGAUUUAUGCAAAAAUCCUAUGUCAUGCCCGAAGAGUUAGAGCUGUUGAGAAAAGCAUGGCCCCGGAAUGUGGCACGUCGGACCAAAUGGAUUGUAAAACCACCGGCAAGUGCACGAGGAACUGGGAUAAGUAUUGUAAAUAAAUGGUCGCAAUUUCCCAAAGAUCUGCCACUGGUUGUACAAAAAUACAUUGAACGACCUUUGUUGAUAAAUGACAAUAAAUUCGAUAUGCGUAUCUAUGUUGUAUUGACCUCAAUAAAUCCAUUGCGCCUGUAUAUGUACAAAGAUGGUUUGGCACGUUUUGCUUCCGUUAAAUACAGUUCCGAAUUGAAUAGCCUAGACGAUGUGUGUAUGCAUCUAACCAAUUAUAGCAUUAACAAAUUUUCCGAGAGCUAUGACAAGAAUGAAGAUGUCAAUGCGUGUCAGGGUCACAAAUGGACCCUACAAUCACUGUGGUCAUGCCUCGAGGAACGUGGUGUAAAUACAAAACGUCUCUGGGCCACACUGCGCAAUCUGGUGAUCAAAGCUUUGAUCAGCGGUGAGGCUGGUCUGAACCGCAUGUAUCGUCAAAAUGUGAAUUUCCGUUAUAAUUGUUUUGAACUGUUCGGAUUUGAUGUUUUGCUGGAUGAGAAUUUGGUACCAUGGCUGUUGGAGAUAAAUAUUUCGCCAUCCUUGCAUUCAGAUUUGCCAUUAGAUUUACACGUCAAGGGACCAUUGAUACAGGCUGUGCUAAAUACCGCUCUCUACCAGGUGCCACCAAAACUCAAUGAGAAACAACAAAAAGAUAUUCUGGAAGAAUUGAAAUUGGAGGGACCCCUCUGCUUUGAUAGACGCCUCUUUACCACCUGCCUGCGUAACGAGGAAAUACGUAAACAUAAUCAAUUUACCAAUCGGUCCAUUGAGGUGCGUGAAGAUUAUUUGGAACCUAUUUUGGAAAAUUUACUACCCGAUGAUGUACGUUGUUUGCUGUUGAGUGAAGAUGAGUUGAAUCGUUGCAGCCCCUUGGAACGAAUAUUUCCAACACCAAAUACCUAUCAUUAUUUGAAAUUUGUUGAUAAUCCACGUUACUAUAAUCGUCUGUUGGAUGCCUGGGAACAUCGUUAUGGCCAUUGUCGUGAAAAGGGUAUUGAACUGUUGCGUCAAUAUUGUCGUGAUAAUUAUCAUCUAAUUGUUGCGGAGGCGGCUUUUGAGAAGGAACCCCAAAGCAAGGUGACAGAAAUUGAUGUUAUGCACGUGAAGAAAGAAGAACCAACUGCGGAUGAUGCCAAUGCAACUGAUGGCAAUAUACCAGUUCCAGUUUUAAAUUUCAACUCCACGGAUAUUACAAAGGAAGGAACAGAGGCUGCACCAGAAAAUUCGAAGAUAUUGAAUAACAAUACUGAUGCUACGACAACAACAACAAAUACUCUCAACACUACCAAAACAAUUGCUGCCACAACAAAUAAAGAAAUACCACAAUCGAAAGAUGUUUCAAAUUCAACGAAAUUGGCCAAUCACCAGCCUACGAAUCAAAAGGAAACUAAUAGUAAAAUGACGCCAAAUAAAAUGAAACAACAAGAAACCCUAACAGAACGUAAACUUAAGACUGAUAUUAAAGCUUCAUAA